GCCGUUGUAUCGAACAAACCGCCGCGGUAAUCGCGUCGCUCGCAGCCCGCUAGUUUGCCAAUAUUCGUCAGUCUGCGGAGAGUCCAUUCGUGCUCUCAUGUUUUCCAAUGUCCGCCUAAACUUCUAAAUCAAAUCAGGGGGGUUACAAUAUUUUUUUAUUGUUACGGCUAGUCUUAUAUCGCGCACUGCAAUUCGAUCACAUUCUCUUUCGGUGAACAGGAUUCCGAUUUGAAAGUGUUGGUAAUACAGUGAUUGCAACUUAUUUUGGAUAUAACACAUAAUCAAUCAAUGAGCGAAUUAUGGAUUGUAAUAAUCCCAAAGGAUAAAUGUGAAGAUGCCAUCAUGGACAGACAUAUACAUCACAUGAGAGGCCAGUGGCAAGUCAUCAAUUAAUUUAAUCAAAAUCUAUAACUCAAAUUCAAUGAAGAAAUAAAUUUGCGCGCGCAACAAGCCAAUAAAUAGAUCAAUAAAAUAGAAUACAAUCAAAAUAAAUACAAUAGUCUAAGCCCAAUAAAAACUGCCACUGCUCUGAAACCAUCCGGCAACGCUAAACCAAACUGUUUGAAAUUUUAACGGUUAUUGUCAACGUUUUACUCAAGCCAAGAGACACAUAAGCCAAGCGAGAGCGAGAGACGAAGAAACUCACACAGACCGCACAUCAUGGGAAACUCCUCGUCACACACGCACGAACCACUCGAGCGUGGCUUCACACGCGGAAAAUUCGGUGACGUCAAAAAUGGGAAACAGAAGUCAGCUUCGUUUCGCUUUAGAGAAAAGACACCCAAGAGGAUGGACCAGCUGCGGCGUUCGAUCCGCGACUCGUUUCGCCUUCACAAGAGUCGUGUACCUGAGUCCUCAAAGCCCCAUCAGUGGCAAGCCGACGAGGUGGCCGUUCGUUCCGCCACAUGCUCCUUUGCGGUCAAGUACUUGGGCUGCGUAGAAGUGGAUGAGUCAAGAGGUGCGCACGUCUGUGAGGAGGCUCUCAAGGUGUUAAUGAAAUCACGGCGUCGUCGAGUCCGUGGGGUAUUGCACAUCAGCGGAAAUGGGUUGCGCGUGGUGGAUGAUGAGACAAAGGAUUUGAUUGUAGACCAGACCAUCGAGAAGGUGAGCUACUGCGCGCCGGAUAAAGAUGAAAAACGGGGCUUUAGUUACAUCUGUCGCGAUGGCACCACACGCCGCUGGAUGUGCCACGGCUUCCUCGCCAGGAAAGAUUUGGGGGAGCGCCUUUCGCAUGCCGUUGGCUGUGCCUUUGACGAGUGCCUGAAGCUCAAGCAGAGCCGCGAUAAGGAGGGCGUCAGUAUGGCCUUCGAUCUCAAGACCUCAACCUUCACGCGACAUGGCUCCUUCCGACAGCAGACGCUAACUGAGCGACUGCCAUUGGCUCCCAAUGAGCGAAGCGUCGAUGGUGCUGCUGCCGGAGUAGGUGCAAGCGGCGUUCUGCCAGGUCCACCAGCUGCUACGGUAAAGCCGUUUAAUCCGUUUGCCAUCGAGAGGCCACAUGCCACACCCAACAUGUUGGAGAGGCAAAGCUCCUUUCGGUUGAGCACUAUUGGAAGCCAGUCACCGUUCAAGCGGCAGAUGUCGCUCCGUGUCAACGAUCUUCCGUCCAACGCAGAUAGACAGAAGGCCUUCCUAGCCGCUGCCUCUGCGCAUCCACAUGCCCUCCACACACCGUUACGUAGCGUGUCGCCCAUUGCAGAGGUUUCGCCAGCAAAGACGAGUCACAUGGAGUCAGCUAGCGUUGCUGCUGACAGCGUCAGUCAGCUGUGCCAGGAGCUCAGCCAGGGCUUGUCGCUGCUCACACAGACGGACGCACUGCUGGCGGCCGCUGAUGACCUUAAUUUUAACAACAAUCGCAGCAUCAAUCAGAACAUAAUUGCUGCCAAGCAUCAGCAAUGUGGCAAUGGCAGUGUAGGUGGAAGCAACAGCAUCACGCCGACUGCUCAAAUACCACCUCGCGUAGCGACUAUUCAACCGGCUCCGGCGUUAGGGCAGUCACCUUUGCGUUCCGAGCAGGAAGUUGAAACCUCGGAACUGCCGAAUGCCGAGCAAUGGUUGGGUCAGGUGGUGCGAAGCACUUCUCCGGCUGUGCUACCUAAGAGGCCGAGCUACCUAGGUAACGUAGGACGCGCUCAGACAAUGACUGUGACUGGGUCGGGUGCUGGCUCAAAUGAUGCUGAUCCGUUUGACGCCGAGUGGGCGGCUAAUGUGGCAGCUGCGAAAAAACUGUCUCCGGAUCUUCCAGUACGGCAGUAGCAAGCAGUAG